UGCUGCUGUCAGUCAGCUGAAGUUCACUACCUGACUACCAUUAUUGUAACAAUUUUUACCGUCUUGAAAACAAGCUUUUCCAUUUCUUUCUGCUUCAUACCUCAUGAGUCAUGGUGCCCCUCAGUACCACAAGGACGAGGAAUCAUGGUCAAAUAAGAAAUAGGAGAAUGUUUAUUUAUUAAACUUCCACAAACAGUCAGACAUACUCUCACUCCAUUUUAAUAGGUUUGAUCCAGUUGGUGAAACUUCCAACGUUUCCAUGAUGGCAGCAAUUUACAACCAAUAGGAUUCUUCUUUUAUAUAUUGUUCUGUUUGGUUGCAAAUCAUACGAAUGAAGAGGUAGCGGAGAUGCAGAUGCGAUUUUUGGGCCUUAUGACCUUAUCAGUUAUCACAAUGAGCAAAUGGUUUUCAGUGGUUCGUGAUCUGUCUUCUGAAACUAAUAAUACUCUGGAGAACGGACCUGUUAUGCACAACAUGAUUGCUACAAAAGCUGACGUAGGGCAUUCCACGUCAAGGUGUGGCGGCUCUGAACAAUGUAAAGAUAAUACACAAACUGGUGUUCAUGUAAAAGAUAAAAAAGCUGUUGGAGAACUUGUAUGUUUGCAGUGCUUACAUGGUAGUGAACUCAUUUGCUGCUUUGGAAAAGGAUGUCAAAGGAGGUACCAUCCCUCUUGUUUGAAUCCUCCUCUCAAUUACUACCCUGUGGGCUUCUGGAAUUGUGCAUGGUGUGUUAAAAAAAAGCUAGAUCUUGGUGCGUACUCCAUUUCUGAAGGGGUGGAGUCCAUCUUGGAUUCUAGAGAAGGCAUUUCGAAAAACAAUGUGACGGAAAAGGAGUACUUUGUCAAGUAUCUGGGCCUUGCUCAUGCUCACAACCGCUGGAUUCCAGAAACACAAAUGCUUGAAGAGGGGCCAAAAGUUUUGUCAGCAUUUAAGAGGAAGCGCCGGGUUAUCAAGUGGAAAAAAGAAUGGAGUAUACCUCACCGCUUGUUGCUAAAAAGAGCAAUUGUGUUACCAAAGCAAAAUAAAGAACAUUUAGAUGGGCAUGAUAACAAUUAUUCAGUUGGCUGUUUUGAAUGGCUUGUAAAGUGGUCUGGUCUUGGAUAUGAUCAUAUUACAUGGGAACUAGAUAGUGCUUCCUUUCUAACGUCGUCUGAAGGCAUAAAACUCAAAAAUGAUUAUGAAAGUCGUCGUCUUCGAAAGGGGAUGGAUGGAGACGUUAAUGAGGAGAGAAAAGCUUCCUUUGCUGAAUUACCUGUACCGCCUUCAGGUAAUUCAGUGGCAGUUUCUAGUCAGCAUUUGAGUUAUGUGAACAAGCUUUGCAUGUGUUGGCACAAAGGUCAGAGUGCUGUCAUUGUAGAUGAUAAGAUUGACCAGGAGCGGGUUAUGAAGGUGAUGUCAUUUAUAUUGUCAUUGCAUUGUAAGGUGACAAGGCCUUUCCUCAUUGUCUCAACUUCUGCUGCUCUUGCUGUGUGGGAAAGAGAGUUCUUACAUUUGGCUCCAUCUGCAAAUCUUGUCAUUUACAAGGGAAACAAAGAUGUACGGAGAAGCAUAAGGACCUUGGAGUUUUAUAACGAUGACAAUGGCAUCUUAUUUCAAAUAUUAUUAUCAUCGCCUGAUAUUAUUGUUGAGGACUUAAAGGAACUACGAUGCAUUUCGUGGGAAGCAAUAAUAGUUGAUGAAUGCCAGCGACCUAGAAUUUUGGAACACCUUGACAAUAUCAAGAUUUUGACAACAAAGUUGAGGCUCCUGGUUGUUAGCGGACAGAUCAAGGAUGAUCGAGCUGAUUAUGUCAAAAUGCUUUCCUUCCUCAACUCUGAAAAUCAUGUGUUAAAUACUACUGAAACAGAGCCAUUAGUCUCUGAUAGCAUUUCCAAUUUGAAAAGCAAAUUGGAUCAAUAUGUGGCAUUUAGAACAAAAACAGGGUCCACUAGGUUUGCAGAGUUUUGGGUUCCUGCCAAGCUUUCGAGUUUGCAACUUGAGCAGUAUUGUUCAUUGCUGCUUUCUGACAGAACUCUGCUAUGCUCAGCCCAAAAGUCUGACAAGGUCAAUGCCCUCCGCAGCCUGCUUAACUCAACAAGGAAGUGCUGCAACCAUCCCUUUCUCUUGGACUCGUCGCUAUAUAAUUCCAUCAAUAAAGGUCUGUCUGUUGAAGAGCAGUUGAAUAUUGGGAUAAAAGCAAGUGGCAAAUUGCAGCUUCUUGAAAAAAUCCUUUUGAAAGCAAGAAGUCGUGGUUUAAGAGUGAUGAUAUUAUUUCAGAAAAAUGUCAAGGCUCUUGGUGCAAGGCUUCUUGAGCACAUACUGGAAUAUUUCAACGUUAAUUGGCGAGACGUUUCUACCAUGCAGGCAUUUGAAUUAUCUGUGUGUUGGCUUGCGGCUUCGUUAUUGAAGCACAAUUUUGAUAAGCAAGGUUCACUUGCACUUGCAAAAGUGCACUUGAACUUCAAUUGCGAGGAAGAGGAAGUAACCUAUGUUUACUCUAAACUGCUGAAAUUUAAGAAGGAAUUUUCAAGUUGUUUACAAAGUGGAAUUUGUGUUGAGAAAUGUACAUCAGACUGCGAAACACCUGGGUUGACAGAUUUGGUGGAGGAUAUGCAAAAUGGUUUUCACGGUCCUCUAGAAUCCGACACAUAUAGACAUGAUCUUCAAAGGGAAUCUCCCACAACUGUGCUAGCUACUCAUUACCAGACUUGUGCAGAAAAUUUAAAAAUCAGACUUACAGAUAUUGGAAGUUGUCCUCAAAAGUCAUCUGGCACUUUCCCUGCCAAAGCAUAUGCUAUCCCCGUGACAUCCAAAGCUGCUUUCUUGGAGCAUCAGAGUGAGGUCUUCGAUUCAAGUGAUGAUCCUUGUAAUGUCAAUCCUGCCACUGGUUCUUUGGAAAAUCAAAUUAAUGGCGAUGAUUCUGAAGUUUCUCUAAUAAAUAAUAAUGAAGUGGUUGAGACAAUCACUUGCAGUACUGCUGAUGUUCCUGAGGUCAACCAGCAUUACAGUGAAGUGAGUGCUGUCCAUGGUGAGUCUAUUAUGGAUUUUCCUGAGACUACUUUCCCAUAUAUGGAACCAUCAAAUACAGAUCUACUGCCACUGCCUCAGGAGGAUGUUACAUCUUUUUUGGAGAAUAUUUCAAUUGGUGAAGUCUUGCCUUUUGAUGAAAUAUUUUAUGAAAAUUAUAACCUUCAUGAGGCUGAACCAACAUUACAAGUUCCAGAUGACCCACCUGAAUCAGUCCCAGACCCAUUGCAAAUUGAAAUGGAGAGAAUAAAAAAGGCGACUGAAGAAGCUAACAGGAUACGCCAGCAGAAAUUACACCAGCUUGAGUCAGACCAUGGUAUGGAGGUUAAAGAAUUGGUUGCAAAGUAUCAAAUGUUGCUUCAGAGUAUCAGUACUGAAGUAGCAUUGCAAAAAAAGGAACUUGACGCAUAUUAUAAAACAGUUCAAAAGAAUAAGUUGUUGGCUUCUGUUUUGGACCACAAUCACAAGGAAUAUAAAAGAGAAGCAGUUCUAUUCGCAGAACAAGGCUUACCCUCUGCAAUGGGAACACCUAGCUCCUCAAGUACUCAACAAAGAGAGCACCAUCCCCCUCUUAUGCCUGAUCAAAGACUCGAACAGUGUCUACCGAUGAUUCCCCCACACUUGUUUACUCCAACGGAAGCGGUUAAUGCUCUGGAGAUUGCUAAGACUUCAACAGCCAUUCCAGAAAUGAGCCCAGUUAGAGAAUGUAUUGAUCCCAUGAUUCAGUCCUAUGUAAACUUGAAUUACGGCUGUUAUUCAGUGGCCUCAAACCCCCCUCUUGAAGCCUCUAAUUCAGUGCCUAUCAUGCCAAGUCUAACUAGUGGAAUACCAGAACAGCAAUUGCCACUACAUUUACCUCAAUGGCAAUAUCAGUAACUCAGAAAUACACAGUUAAAUGCUGCGGCCACAUGUACAGAGCAAGUUCCUUCCUUUGUAAAUUUGGCAUCAAAUUAUUGCCUGCUUCACCUGAUGGUUUCUACUUUGUUGUUUCUACCAAAAACUGAGUUAGCCUAGUCAUCUGGUGAAUUUGUUAAUAGUUGUUAUCCUUCAAGAUAAGGAGGACUUAAGUAUGAAUUAGGAUUGUUUGGGUAGGAUGGGACAAGAGGUGGUCCUACAAAGAUAACUGGGACUACAUUUUGCACAGUAGGUAAAAGUUAUUAACCAAUAGAAGCUGGGGAAAAAAACAUUUCAGACUCCUUAGAUGGAGUCUUGUUACAUCGUUAGAUGGCUCAGUUAUUGGAGGAUAAAUAGGACUUGAUUGCACCA